AUGAAUUUUCCUCUUGAAGAGAGUACAACUGAAAUAAUACCUGCCAUUCUUAACAAUGUGAUUAAGCAGUUACAGUCUGAUGGUAUUGAAUUAAUGCAAAACGAUAUUUUUAUUGUAUUGAUUCAUGUUCUUAUGUUGGAAAAUGGGUUUGUAACAACUAACAAUGUAACUGAUUUUAUAGAACAUGCCAAACAUAUCACCAAGAUUAUUCAGUCACAGAGAAAAACAGGAUUUUACAAAGAAAAAUUUCUAUUAUGUGGUCUAGAUGAUAUGACCGUUGACAUAAUAAUGAGCCCAAUAGGAUCUGCGGUAUUUGUGAAUGCAGCCAUAAAUAAUGAUAAUCAAGAAAUGUAUUCAGUUUGCCUACCAACAAGUCGCUAUGUUGUAGCACCAAAGGCCUCCACAAUUCCAAUGAUAUUCAGAGAUUUAAAACAUUUAUCCACUGCAUAUAAAAAUAAAAUUGUUUCCCCAGUAAAAAGUAGAAUUUUAAGUUACUGUGGAUAUCCUAGUGCUAGUUUGGUUGGCCUUCCGGAUGAUAUAUUCUUUAGUUUAAUUAUGCUUUUGAGUAUUGAAGAUAUCAUAAAUGUAUCCAAAACAUGUAAAAGAUUGAAUGUUAUCUUAGACAAUGAAACCUUGUGGCAUGCACUUUAUAAAAGAGACUUUCAAGUAAUUGUUGAGAAUGAUAGAACGGACUGGAAAAUGAUUUAUAAAGAAACAUAUGUUGCUGAAUUGGAAAAGAAAAACUUACCUCACUUAACUGGAACAAUACAUGAUUUCAUGGAUAUUUCAGAUAUGAUUUCAUAUAUUGAUAACCCUUUGUGGGGUGAUAUAUUAUAA